AUGAAAAUAUUUUGGUUUCCAGAAUAUUUCUCGUUAUGGAUAGUCAUUACCUUGGUGUGUGGUGCUCCAAAUGACAUAGAAUCUAACGGUACACAGGAUUCUCGACCUGAAGUCAGUAAUCAUGAGGAAAACACAUCUGUUAGUCAGGACCAAAUCCUCCAAGAACCAGAAAUAAGUCCCGGAUCUGUUCCCUCAAAACUCGUAACAGUCGACCUUGAUAUAACUAAAAGUACCGAUGAUUUCGAAUUUAUCAGAACGGGUUAUUAUUCUACGUACACGCCCAAAUUCAAUAAUCUAUUCAAUAAAAUAGUAAUGAGUGUGCCUUUCGCCUCCCCGGUGGUUAUUUGGGAAGCCAACGAUGUUAAAGAGUACGCAAACGAAGUUUAUUGUAUUCGUAUUGGCGGGCUAGCACUUUUAUAUUUCUUGACAGUGCACAUGAUCAACGGUGAUACAAAGUGGUUUAAGAAAAAUAUUUUCGGUACUGGAUGGAAAAUCGGGACAAUUCCAUUUGAAAUUGAACUUUACACAGAUGACGGUGAUGGAAACAAAGUGGAGAUGGAUCCAAGUUCUUAUAAUAUUAAUCAAUCAUUAGGGGUUAAAUUAUACUAUUAUUACUCAUUUGGGCCAGAUUCAAAGUGUUCAGAGUUAAAACACAAAGGGUUUACAGUUUGGAAGCACCAAGGUAAUGGGCCCUAUCCCAAGUCCAUUUUAUACAUGAACACACGUUUACUUAGUAUCUCACUUACCAAUUUUAAAACGGCAAUCACAUAUAAAAUUUGGUUCACUGAUGAUUCCUGCGUCAGAUAUAUUUUAGAAAAUAAUGCUUGGAAACAAAUAGAAUGUGAACAACAAUCUGCAAGUCCAAGUGUGCAGGAAGCUUUAGUUUCGGAUAAAUUAGUUUCACUAGAUAUUGAAUCAAAUGAGGAAACUGAUUCUUUUCAAUACGAGUUUUGUUAUUUUUGUGAUUCCCGUUAUGGGAGGUUUAGGAUAUAUACAUCAAAAAAGGGAUUUAAAUUCAGUUCCGUUAAGGAACACGAUUCUGUUAUCUGGGAUAAUUCUGAAGAUCCAUCAGAAUUAUCUAAUAUGGUAGUUACCCAGUCUGUUGGAAGGGACAAAUUGACAUCAAAACAAGUAAUUGUUCAUACUAAUAAAGACAACAAGCUUUUUUACAGAGAAAAUGAAGGGGAUUUAUGGAGUCACGGAAACUGCAUAUUUGUAACCAAUGUUCCUGGAUUUAAAGUUUUAACAUUAAAUGAUGAUGGAUCAACCAGCCAAAACAAUUAUAACAACUAUCUUAUUCAAAAACAGAAUGUUUUAAUUAAUUACAUAUUCAAACCUAGCGUAAAGUGCGUUGAAAUCAAGUUUGAUGAUGACACCGUCUGGAAGUACAGUGAGAGCGAGCAUGGACAUAAUUUUCCGACAAAAAUUUCCGUAAAUAAUGAGACCAAGGGUGUGCGGAUCUUUAUAAAUAAUAUAAUGUACAUUUACAACUUACAAAACGGUGAAUGGAAGUUAGUAUUCGAAGGUCCUGUUAAAAGAUCUAUAACUUAUCCAAGAUCUUAUGAAGCGAGUACAUUUGGUCUUUGUUUGGCUGAUGAUUUAACCAGAUUAUUAUUUCCUCAUUCACAAUCUUUUGGUUAAUGCCUUUAGGUUAUUUGAUUUAAGCUCAACAAAGAUCUCUAAACUUAAUUUUCUGUUUAUUUUAAA